UCCACCUUCAUUUCCUUCGUUUUCCCCUGUGCUGCAGGCCGACAUGGGGAUGACCUACUCAGAGUUAUCUGUGAUUGGCAAACUGAGGAAGAUCACCAAGUGUGGACCCUUCAGUAUGUUCUGCAAACUCAUUUAUAUGUGGAAGGAUUCUCUUUCAACCACACAGGUUGCCCAGAAGGUGAAGCACUUCUUCAGGAUGUACUCAGUGAAUCGUCACAAGAUGACCACAGUGACACCUGCCUACCACGCUGAGAGCUACAGUCCUGACGACAACCGCUUCGACCUCAGACCUUUCCUCUAUAACACACGCUGGACCUGGCAGUUCAGGUGCAUCGACAACCAGGUACAUGUGGGUAACGUAGCGUUCACUUUACUGACACUGACAGAGAAAGUA